AUGUCUGUCCUGCAUGCCCAUCUCCGGCCUUCGUUGCACAAACACCACAAGAGAGACUUGCGCGAUAACAGCGUCAACCUAGUGCUUGUUGCGUGCGGUUGCACUCUGCUGCUGCUCUCGAUCUUCCUGCUCUUCUACCGGGCCCAACGGCGCAGCAGGGCCGCCGCACCCGGCCAGCUGCUACACCAGAACUUCCGACUCCAGAGCCAGAACAUGCCACAGCAUUUUGACGGCGUGGCCGCUGCUCCAGCUUAUCCUGUACAGAAUAUUCCACCGGCCCAUCUAGGCCAGCAACAUGACAGGGACCGCCAUUUCGAUACUCCAGCUCCCCCGUACUACCCGCGAGAGCAGGGUGCACCAAAGCUAGACCAGCCGCUUGCUUCCUCGUCUUCACCUCCUCCGCGGCCACAGUCGCCUCCACCAGGCUACAUACAGUCAACUGCGUCGAAUCAUCAGCCUGGCCAGCAAACGGAUCUAAACCAAACAUCAAGUCAAUCAAUAGCCACAUCACAGCCCUCACGAACGUACACAUAG